AUGUAUUAUGCGAAUGGUAAAUUUCCAGAUUUAGGCUUCUACAGUCUAGGAGACAGGCACUUCAUCUCUCACAUCGUCGACAAUCGGCCAGCGGCUGGCAAACACCGAGUUGCGACGAAUACGGAAGCAAAUCGAGCUGUGCGACGCACACGGUUGGACGGAGUUAUACAGCAACAGCAGGCCGAGCUGCUCUCGGUCCCGUCGUCACAUGAAUGCACUAAUGCUUACUGUACGGUAGACAUCGCUCGCGCAUCGCAGCUAAUUGGUCCCGACAUGGCAUCAACGACCGAUAUAGUAGAGUCAGCAGCUUGCACUUCACGAUUCCGCCGUCGACGACGGGCAGAUUCGGGGACGCUGGGCGACACCGAGCAGGCGGAUGCUGCUCGACGGGGAACCGGGAACGUCGGGGGUACCUCAGAUCAGGCGUGG